AUGGAUUCACAGCCCCUGCCUUUAUCUCCGAAGCAGACUACCCAUAAAGGAGGUUCAUUGACAAUUCAAAGUCUCCCACCGGAGCUAAGUCAAGCGAUCUGGAAGUUGUCAUUGAGCAACAAUCGAUUCAUAACAAUACACUGGGCGUACAAGACGAAUGACGAUCUGCAUAGAAACUCCGUUGCCAAUGACUUUCAUGCCACCUACGAUAAAAUCGAGGCCCUAGAAGUUUCUUCGGAGUCGCGCACCCUUGCAUUGAAAGAUUAUAAAUUGUGCUUAGGCAAAGAUAUGCGCCAUCCGAUUUACAUCAACGGUAACACAGAUAUUCUCAGAUUCACGAGUUUGACACUUACACAGAUCACCUACGCUUCACACUUCAAUGGUGUCUGGGGUAUCUUGAGCGUUGAAGCUGCUAACAUCAAGCGCAUUGCUGUUGAGAUGCGAAACGAUUCUAAUAUUUCCGAGGCUCGAAGAACCUUAACUGAAGUAAAGUUGUUGGUUUCUGCCAUCAUGCUGUUCGCUACCUUGGAAACGAUAUUCGUGCAGCCAUCGUGCGUCAUUAGUCCAUCUUCUGAGGCAGCCUUCCGCGCACAAUUUGAGAAAAAAAUGCCAAGAAACUUUAGCUUGUACAAACCCUCUGGGGGUGAAAAGCGCUAUAAUGUUCCUGAAAUUGUGAUCGUUUGCCCCCAGUGCGAUCCAGAUUUCCUCAAGGCAUGUCAAUGUUAA